AUGGCUAGUGCUAGUCAGGCAGCUAGCUCAGUAGCCCAGAUACUCUGCAGGUCGAUUGUUGUGUGUAAAGGCCAUGUUUGCACUAGACAGCCCACUACCAAGAAAUUGUCCGGCCAAGGUAUCCAGAACAGGUUAGUUUCUUUAUAA